ACCGUAGGUACCGCAGUAUGAGGUUUUGACAGACGUCGUACCGCAGUACAACUCGUAUGCGAUGGCUCAACACAAAUGAAAUUUGUGUUCGUAGCUCUUCAAUUAUUAUCCGUCGUCUCUUACGCGCAGCGCAUGCGCCAGCUGUGUAGCGUAGCGCAUCUCGGUCUCCACGCACGUGCUCUUGGUCUCCGCCUGAACAUUACGACAACGAUAGUCGACGCUGCGAUCACGCUAUACGAGACAGAGUAUGCGACGUCAGUGUGUCAUCGCGAUCCCGCGCUUCGUACCUUAGUGACAACAAACGGAGGCAACCGCGCGCUGUUUGCGGGUGCAGGAUCGACCGGUUCAAGAUGGCUUUCAUGUGCGGUAGAGGUGGCGCUUGGGAUCGAGGUUGGUCACUACGUUGAAGGAAACGGCACGGCAACCCAAUAUUCCAAUCCUGGCAAUGCGCUCCGGUUCGAUGUCCUCGCAGAUACACCAGUAGGGCACCAAUUCUGGCAGCUCUACGAUGCGCACGAGAGGCACGUGCCAGUCGUGCUCUCGCUUCGCCACCCAGAUCAGUGGGUACGCAAGCGUACAUUGCAUCGCACUGCAUCUGUCGAGGGCGGGUGCGUCGGAGCCCCACGCAUAGCCUUUCCCAUUUGGGGCCGUCGGCGCCGCAAGGCUGCGGGUACACGCGCUUACGUCGACCAGACAUCUCAAGCACUUAAGGCGAAAGCAGCAUUUCUCGUAUAUCAGGCCUUCGUUGCCUGUGUUGCCAUCAAGGACCAUCUGCACACUGUGCAUCUCUUUGACCGCCAACAGGAUGAUGCCCGUCGCAUUCUAGCCAAUCUUGUAGCUUUUCUCACGCACCAUGGCAUUGGCGAGCAGCCUCCUGACAUCGACGCAGCCAUUGAAACAUGCGGUGCUGACUUCGGUGCUUCCUGGCGUGCAGCGAAAUGUAAGUAUGCUGUGCGGCGCAGAGGUGCCGUAUAUUUCCCAUGUGGCGUCAGAUAACGCGCUGCUGAGCUGCUGUCGCAGCAGCUACACGACCAGUAGUGCUGCAGAGAUGGGAGUUCCACUGCAGUCUAUGGUGAGGGCCAGCCCGGGGUGUCGCUCUCACGCGACUUCAGCUAUCAGCUUUGGUAUGUGCUUGAAUCUGAUGAGCUGGGUGCAGCAAGUGCACAAUGCAGCUGUUGUAGCUAGGUCUCUCGGGUGUCAAUGUGACACUGAGAUACCAACAGGAAGGACUCUCGCUGAAACGUGAGAGUGUGGGAACCCCGGGCCCCCUGCUUCCAAGCCACGCAGCAAAUGUUAAUAACGUCUUUGACGGGGUUGCUGACCAGUUCCGCCGUGCAGGAAGACACAAGCACCCAGACAGUGGUGGCGUUGCGAGAGUUCAGAAUAAGAGACUCGAACUAUCAUGAGCAUGGAAUAAUCAGGCCCUACUGGUGUCCCGGAAAUUACAAUGUUGCGGACUUCUUCUCAAAGUUGUUGGAGAGGGGUCUAUUCACUAUGCGGCAUGCUUAUAGAUUUGGUAUGCCAGUGAUGAAGUGAACUUACUUUAGGUUCACCCCGGUGUUUUUACGGCGCCUACUUAGCGCCGGGCUUGAUCCACUUGGAUAAGUAAGAAGAUACGGGA